AUGACCCUGAAGUCCGGAGAGCAGCAGAAUGAACUUGCUGUGGAUCAGACUGCUUUCCAGAAGGCGUUGCUGCAAGCGUUAAGGAAGCAGACCAGAUCUUCAAAUGUGACGGAGGAGUUUAUGGCGGGGCUGGAGUCACAUAUUGAAGAUCGGGAAUAUUCAGGAAUUGUCUUCUUCCAUGUGGACGAUCUAAUAAGGAGGAGGAGGGUAAUCCGGCCUUCAGGUCAUUUCAUGACAGCCUCAUCAAGAUCCUAUUGGGAAGUGAGACCUUACAGGGGCCUUUGAUAAACAUGCUGUUUGAGAAGAUCCCGGAAUUUCUGUAUGACAGUGUCGGCAGUGACGGAAUCAGCAUUCCUCGUCUAAUCAUCAAUCAGCUGAAAUGGCUGGAUCUGGUUGUAAGCAGCAAGGAUCUGACUUCUAAGAUCAUGCAGCUGAUCCUGGUAUCCCCGGCUGAUGUCCAGCAACACAUCAUCAGCAGCCUUCCCGAAAUCCUGGAGGACUCUGAGCACAAUGAUGUCGCUAAGGAGCUCAGCUCUCUCCUCCAGCAGAAUUCCCAGCUCACUGUCCCCAUUCUAGAUGCCUUCUCCGGCCUAAACCUGAACACCGAGCUUCUCACAGAGGUUCGCCAAUGGGUGAUGUCUACACUGUCCGCUGUGGACCUAGAAGUGGUGCCAGUUAUAGUGAAGUUCGUCCUUCAUACGGUCACCCCGACAGAUGCAGUGGAGGUCAUUUCUGAGCUCCGCCAGAAAUUGGAUGUGGAGUGUGUGUGUUUCUCUUUCACAGCUACCUGCCAUCAGAGUAAAUAGCAAAGUCCUGCAAAGAGGU